UUUGGUUGGACCGAUCUUCUUUGUCUCAGAUUCCCUGUCUUCAUUCCGUAAUCGAUUAAAUCACUCACUCACUCUGCAUCUUGAGCCACAAGCUCGGAAACACACAUGCAUAUACCUUAUCAUCUCUUCAUCAAGAACAAAAAUCAUCAAGAUGGUAACGCCAGUUAUAAGAACCGUUGAUCUCCGGUCCGACACGGUGACUAAGCCAACUGAGUCAAUGCGUUCAGCUAUGGCAAACGCGGAAGUAGACGAUGACGUUUUGGGGAACGAUCCAACGGCAGUGCUUUUGGAGAGAGAGGUGGCUGAGAUCGCCGGAAAGGAGGCGGCUAUGUUUGUUCCGUCAGGGACAAUGGGGAAUUUGAUAAGCGUGUUGGUCCAUUGUGAUGAGAGAGGGAGUGAAGUGAUUCUUGGAGAUGAUUCUCACAUUCAUAUUUAUGAAAAUGGUGGCGUUUCUAGCCUCGGUGGAGUGCACCCGAGAACGGUGAAGAAUGAAGAGGAUGGGACGAUGGAGAUUAGUUCUAUCGAAGCUGCCGUGAGGAGUCCCAAAGGAGAUCUUCAUUAUCCGGUUACUAAGCUUAUAUGUCUUGAGAACACUCAAGCAAAUUGUGGUGGUAGAUGCUUGCCAAUAGAAUACAUAGACAAGGUCGGAGAGUUAGCCAAGAAACAUGGCUUGAAGCUUCACAUCGAUGGAGCUCGUAUCUUCAAUGCUUCUGUUGCACUCGGAGUACCGGUGAGGAGGAUUGUUCAAGCCGCUGAUUCGGUCUCGAUUUGUUUGUCGAAAGGCAUAGGUGCACCGGUGGGUUCGGUAAUCGUGGGAAGCAAAAGUUUCAUCACUAAAGCAAGGUGGUUAAGGAAAACCUUAGGUGGAGGAAUGAGACAGAUAGGUGUGCUCUGUGCUGCCGCAUUGGUGGCUCUCCGUGAAAACGUAGCCAAGCUCGAAGAUGACCACAAGAAUGCCAAGAUCUUGGCAGAAGGACUGAACCGGAUUGAACGGUUAAAAGUAAACGUUGCGGCAGUGGAAACCAACAUCUUUUAUUGGCAGAUAUACGUAGAUCUACCAAAAGAUCCUAAGUUUAUAGCUGAAGACGCAUGUAAGAGUUUGGAAGUUCUCGGUGUGCUUGUCAUACCUCAAACUACAUUCAGAAUCAGGAUUGUUCUGCACCACCAAAUCUCAGAUAGCGACUUGGAUUAUGUGCUCUCUUGUUUUGAGAAACUGUUUAGCUCAGUGCCAGAAGAGAAAGCUUGAUGUGAAUUGAUUUCACGUGUUGGACUAUGUCAUAGUACUUGAAUCUAUUUUCUUGCUUCACAAAUUGAAACCCUUUGUCAAGCAAUAAACAUUUGUUUUAAUUAUAAUUCAAGUUAUUGAACAUUUCAUGAAAGUAACUACUACUUUUACGUCA